CAUAUGUGAAGCGGUUGGGAGGGGUUGUAAUUCGGCACAGGGAGUUGGAAGACAUGCUUCCAGGUUAUUAUAGGCGCGAUGGGGUCCAUCUCUCUGAAGUGGGCUUGGAUUUUCUAUUGUUGGAUUUCAAGGAGGGCCUCCAGAGGGCAAUCUUUUCCCUGGGGGGGUGUUGCUCAGGAGCUCGAGGAGUCAAGCUCUGAGCUGUGGCGGGGGAUGGAGGGUAAAGUUGGGGGGAGAAACGAGUUAGAUGGGGAACAUGUUUGGAAUUCAGGGCUAAUAGGUAGGCCUAUGGACUGGUUUGGUAGGUUCAAGCUCGUAGGUAGCUCCGAACCGGGGCGUGUAAGGGUGUCUCAGUAUGCCCCUACACUUGUGGUGCCCUUUGGUGGCAAUGGAUGGUGCCCUUUGGUGGCAAUGGUCAUGUUUCAAUGUUAAGUUAUAUGUUACAAUGUUUGGGUUUAUGUUAUGUGGGAGGGGGUCAUUGUCAGGGGGUUAAAAUUGUAAAAUGCAGAAUGGUAAUUGUGCAGGCCAACGCUGGCCUGCUGUUGACAAUGACCGUUAUAUUUUAUGUUAAGAAUCAAUAAAGCUGUAAUAUAAAUUUUGCCAAAACUAUGGUGUCAGUGUUUUAUUGGUAAAUGGGUAAUGGUGGGGUUCAUGCAUAUGCUGACAAGGCGACUGUGCACAUGUCAUGAAGUGCAGGUAAUGCUAGGGGCAUAGCAUUGCUCCCUGUGCAAUUCAACAUGCUGCUAGAAUUAAAAAUAACUGCCUGAAGGAGAAUUAAAUUAAAGUAAAAGCAAAUGUCCCAGAUGUCUUGCUUUUAGCGGGACAGUCCCUAAUUUAUGGUUUUCUCCCGCUGUCCUAAUUUUGUUCCCUGGUAUCCCACAUCUAGUGGCACCAACAAAAUAUCACCAGGCACAUCAGCAUGAGCGGCUUCAUGUUGUAGAAAUGAUCUUCAAUGUUAACUUUUUCUUUAUUCAUCCACCUGUAUAUACACCUGUAUAUCUGUAUGCGUAAACUGACACGAUACACGAUAGGGCUGAUAUAAAAAUGUUACCAGGGCUGCUUCUUAUUUUCAGUCCUGCACUGGAUAGAGGUGUGAUCAUACAGAUAUUUAAUGUUUAUAUCACUUCAAUGUUGGGACCAAAACUGCUAGAAGAUCAUGAAACAGGGGAAAGCUAGAGAUCUAUCUGAACAAUAUUUCUCUUGAAAGACCUUAGUAAUGGAGAGCCAUGAAUCCCAAUGAUCCUUGGCAGGCUGUACUCUUUCAUGGGGAUGGGCAGAAAAUGGCGAUCUGUAUUACUUAUUCUUACUCUUUCUUUCUUUUCUUUCUCUCAGUAAUCCAUGACUGCUGUCUCUCUCUUACUCUGAGGAUGGGGUAUAUUUUGCCUUUGCAAUGCAAUGAGAGAACUGUUUUGGUCUUGUAACAUCCCUGUCUCAUGAGACAUCCAGUGUCUAUGCUCCCGUUCUUUUCAACAGCAAUAUAACAAACAAACGCGUUUUGGCAAGUUUACUGGACACUGGGAGGUCUUACCCUUUAUAUUUAUAUCAUUUAUUGAUUUUAUAAUUUUUUGCAAAUAAAUAUUUUUUCCCUGGAAUAUAUUCUAUCUCCAUUGCCUGGUAUUGAAAGAAAAAGGAAAAAGAAGCUAUACUCUAACAAGUAUCAUCAAAGAGGUUUGGGGAUCACCCUAUUAAGAUCCCAGAGGAGAUUCACACCAGAGCCAGGUUCUAAUCUAUGGCUCUUCCAUUGUGAGUGUAUAAGAUUUGGUUUUUUCUAUAUAUAUUGUGUAUAAGAAAUAUCUGCACUAUCUUGUACCUCUCUAUCUUUUACAGCAAGAAAGGUAGAAGAGAGGGAAGUACAUUUUAUUAUUAUUGUCACUUGCUCCACCUACUUUUUGUGUAUUAUAUAACAAACAUAGUUGAGAUUGUUUAUUAAUAUUCUGCUGCACACUGCAUGAUGCAGGGGAGGGUUUAGAUUAUCAUUAUUUGUCUUUGUUUGGCUUUCUGCAUGUGAAGAAUAAUAAUAUAUAACAUUUAGAAAUAGUAGACAUACAUUUUUUCCCUCCAAGAAUGCAUUGAUUAACAGGACAGCAUCUGUUUGUGCAAAUCUGUUAAUGUGAAUGUUCCAGAAACAUGUGUAGUCAGCUCCUAACUAGACAAGUGAUAGAGAUAUAUAGAGAGAUCCCAGAGUAUCUGCUUAAUUUAAUACUGAGCAUGUCAGCAACAAAUUGAUAUUUUGCGAGAGUGGGUGUAAAUCGUUUAUCACUGGCGCAAAUAACCCUAUAUAAGGUUUUAAAUCCUUUUCCUAGUAACUCGGAUUAUUUGUAUUAUUUUACUUUUCAAAUACAGUAAUAUCUAUUUCUCAACUUUCCAAAAUUAUGCUGACACAGUAUAAUGAUAAAGCAAUAGUAAUAAAACCUGUAUUAAAAGUAAAUAUUAAUGUACGAGCUACUGAAGGCAGUUGUUCUUUUACAUUGCUACAUAAAAUGUUCAUAUAGGGAAGCAGAGCAUUUAUUUAUAUUAAUGUAUAUUGUUUGUAUGUAUAGAGGAAGCAACAUAAUUUUCAGGAGAUGAUAAUCUAUUUUUAAGGGGGAAGUGAUGUGCCCUUGUAAUAUGAUGUAUACAAGCAAUCAGUGGCAUACCUAGGGUAUGACAGGUGUGGCAUGUAACCUGGUUGCCACAGGAAUAGGGCACCACUGAGCUGUGACCAGGCAGUUUGUAUUAUUCUUUUAGCCCUGGCUGCCUUGGUGGGAGGAUCAGAUCUACUAGUGUGAUGUUUGCACCUUCAGUGGGUGCGGACCUCAGUAAUGACUAUCUUGCGGUCCAGCACUUUCUAUUGAGUCAGAGUGCAGCCAUCGGAUGUUUCCAGCUUGUACUCUGACUCACUGGGUGCCAAACUAUGUGAUUACUGAGGUCCUAAACCAGCAAUGCAUACACUAUGCAUCUCCAAUGUCAAAACCUUCAUCAAUGAACUUGGUCUCUAAAAUGUGUAAUUAAAAAUGUAAGCAAGAAAUAAAAGAAGGAUAACAGGAGCGAGAAAAGAUGUGAUUUUUAAAAAAUUCUCUAUCACCACAGCUCUGAAUGUUUAAAGGUAGCAUUUAGCCACCUCCCACAAAUGCCCUCCAGGAAAAAGAAAAAGGAAAAGUAAGCUGAAAGUGUGUAUCCAAUUAAUCUGAGAUGUAUUUCGAGGUGCAUUUAAUCAUUAAUUAUGUUUGGGUUUUUUCGGUAAGUUGCUGCUGUCAUUACUUGUAGAUGACCCUUAUUCUUUAUUGUAAGAGUAAAAGUUGUAUUUGAGGGUCUGUCCCAGGGAACCUUUAAACGAGGGGCUGUGAUAGUUCUACAGCUUUAAUAUGAUUAUUUGAUAUUGUCUUUAUGAUUAGCUAUGUAAAGCUGGCAGAUACUUUGUAAAAAAAAAAACACCUGGGUGUGAUGGAUUCUUUGCACCAGAACAGUAUGUCAUGAUUGGAAGAUGAGCUUUAGGAAAAUAGUAUAUUUGAGAUUAUUUUGAAUACCGUGGAUUUACAUUGAAACAUGACACUAAAAAGCCACAACUUUUUCAGUACAAAAAACAAAAUGACCACUACCAAGCAAUAUCUCAGAUUUAGCAGGACAGUUUGUUGCUCCUGUCAAUAGCCAAUACAAUGGCCUGUAGAGGUUAUGGUGCUUAGUGUGCCCAUAAGCACAAAUGAGAAUUGUCUUGUGUACUUACAAACAAAUGUCUCCCAGAAAAGGAAGAACGUCAGCCAAGAAUGUAGAUGCACCUGUUGUAACCAGGGGCAGAUCCAGAACCUAAUCUUGAGAGCGGCACUUGUAGAUUAUUUAAAGGAACAAUUCCGUCACAAUAACCACUACAGCCCUCUUUAGUGGUUAUGGUGCCAGGAAUGCCGUGGCAGAGUAAGUAGUCAAAUAGUUUAAGAACAGUUUGACAACAUAGAUAGGGUCUGCAGGGAUAAGGCCUUUAGUAGGGCAGUAGUAUGUGUGUGUGAUGGGUGCAAUGUGUGUGCAGUGGCGUACUAAGGGGGAAGGCGAUCUGCCACAGGUUCCACUCAGUAGUGGGUGGGGGCAACCUCUGUACCUCCUGCUGCUUUAGCCAUAAUAUCCUCUCCCUCGCGGCUCCGGCGCUCAGUCAGUGAGUCAGAGCACAGGGAAGGGAUUUCCAGACUGUGUUGAGUCAUCACCGAGCAGCAGAGAGGUUAUUAUGGAGUGUACCAGCAGGGGGGGCAGAGCAUGUAUUUUGCCAGGUUGCUUCCCAGCGGCCACUCUGAACAUGGAGGGGAUCAGAAUCAGGCUCUCAAGAUCCCCUGUCUGCACCUGCUGCACUGCCUGACACUGGAAUGGAGCUGCUUGGAGGCUGAAAGAUCUGAGACAGCCCCUGCUGCUCCUGCCACCCGAAUGGUGAGUUAAUAAUAUUAUACAACUCUUGUAAAUGCACAUCCCCAUCCUCAUAGCUAUAUAAUACCCUCCCUGCUCUAUACCCCCACACUCCCUGCUCUAUACCUCCAUACCCCCUAAUAUUAUACAGCACUUGUAAAUUCACAUCCCCCAUCCUCAUAGCUAUAUAAUACCCUCCCUGCUCUAUACCCCCACACUCCCUGCUCUAUACCCCCAUACUCCCUAAUAUUAUACAGCAUUUGUACAUUCACAUCUCCCAUCCUCAUAGCCAGUGGCGUACUAAGGGGGAGCGGAGGAGGCAGAGGGGGCGGUCCGCCCCGGGUGCCAGCAGGGUGGGGGGUGCCUUGGUGGGGGGCGCCGCCAGGAGCGCCGGCCUCCCUCAUGCUGCAGCCGCCCAAGCGCUCUGUAGAGAGCCUCAGGUGGCUGCAGCUUUGCCCGGGCGGUGCGUCCAUGAGGGCGCACCGCCCGGGCGAAGCAUGAGGAGAGGGGCUGACAGGAGGGAGCGCUCAGCGCUCCCUCCUGUCACUCCCUCCCCAUAGCGUGGCCGAGCCCUGUAUCAUGGUCUGCGGGUACAGGGAGCAUCUGUCUCCUGUACCCGGCUGGACUAACAGGAAGUACACACUGAGUGUGUACUUCCUGUUAGUCCGGCCGGGUACAGGAAACAAAAGCUCCCUGUACCCACGGACCAUGAUACAGGGCUCGGCCACGCUACAACAGAGUUAUGGGGGGAGUGGAGAAAGAAGUGAGGUAGGAGUAGAGAAAAAGUGGUAGAGUGGGAGGGGAAAAGAAAGUGACGCGCUACAGGUAGGGGAGAAAAGAAAGUGACUGGGGAGUAGGGGAAAAGUAGCUGGGGUGGGGAGAAGUGACAGGGGAGAAAAGUGACAAGGGAGAUAAGAAAGUAACAAAGGUAGAAAAGAAGUAACAAGAGGGAGAAAGGAAACAAAGAGAGAAUAAAAGAAGUGACAAAGGAGAGAAAAGUGACAAGGAGGAAAGAAAAGUGACAAGGAAAAAGUGACAAGGAGAAAAGUGACAAGAGAGGAGAAAAGAAAGUAGCAAGGGGAGAAAGAGAGAGUGACAAGGAGGGAGAUAAAGAGAGUAAUAAGGGAGGGGGAAGACAUUGACAUCCAUCACACACACACAAUCACACACAAUGCACCCCUUGCACACAGAAAAACACACAAUGCAUUACACACACAAUGCAUUACACACACAGACACACAUACACAAGCAAUGCAACCCUUACACAUAAUGCAUCCCUUACACAAACAGAAACACACAAUGCAUUCAUUACACACACUCAAUGCACCCCUUACACACACUCAAUGCAUCCCUUACAGACGCACACACUGCAUCCAGUACAUACACAGAAACACACCUUGCAGCCCUUACACAUACAAACACAGAUUCACACAAUGCAUUCCUUACACACAUAUCAGGACAUCCCCUACAAACUCAUUGGUGGAACAUGAAAAGGUAGACUUUUGGGGCCCAGACCUUGGCUGUGUAAAAAGGCCCGCAAAAACUAGAGCACUUCCCGGAAUUUCUCCGGCGUGAAUUUUUGUGACCACAGUACAAAACGCCUCAGAAAACCUGUUCUACACCAGACCAGUGGAGCCAGACUGCAGCUAGAGCCCAUCAUCAUCCUCAUCUGGUUGUAAGUAGGCAAUCUAGUAUAUUAUUCGUAGCACUAAUCUCUAAUUUACCUCACAUUAAAGAAACACUAUAGUCCCCAGAACCACUGCAGCUUAAUGUAGUGGUUCUGGUGUCUAUAGCCUGUCCCUGCAGGCCUUUUAAUGUAAACACAGCGGCACUGCAGCACUGGCAUAAGGUAACAUGGCAAAUCAUAUGGGUGGGGCAUUAUGAUGUCACAUGCAGGGGGCAGCAAACUUUACUUUUGGUUAGGGCGGCAAAAAUCCUUGCACUGGCCCUGGCUGGAGGGGGCUGUGUGAGCUGUGGCUGCACAGUGCCCGAUGGUAGUUAGGGUGCCGUGCGGCCAGUACAGCUCACACAAGCAAACAGCUGAUAAACUGGCCGCACAGAGGAAAAGUGGGGCGGAGCUAAGCAAAAUCGGAAGUAGCGCCAAACUGGCACUGGGGGCGGGGCUUUGGAGGGGGCAAGGGGGUGCCAAGCACAGGAUCCUCCCCGGGUGCCAAAUGCUCUAGGUACGCCCCUGCUCAUAGCUAUAUAAUACCCUCCCUGCUCUAUUCCCCCAUACCCCCUAAUAUUAUACAGCACUUGUAAAUUCACAGUAGUGGGGGGGGGGCAACCUCUGUACCUCCUGCUGCUUCAGCCAUAAUAUCCUCUCCCUUGCGGCUCGGGCGCUCAGUCAGUGAGUCCGAGCACAGGGAAGGGAUUUCCAGACUGUGUUGAGUCAUCACCGAGCAGCAGAGAGGUUAUUAUGGAGUGUACCAGCAGGGGGGGCAGAGCAUGUAUUUUGCCAGGUUGCUUCUCAUAGCUAUAUAAUACCUUCCCUGCUCUAUACCCCCACACUCCCUGUUAUACCCCCAUACCCCCUAAUAUUAUACAGCACUUGUAAAUUCACAUCCCCCAUCCUCAUAGCCAGGCCCGGACUGGCCAUCGGGCAUACCGGGCAAAUGCCCGGUGGGCUCGCGAUGGCCAUGGGGCCGAGGCUGGCAGGGGAGAUCACAGAAUCUCCCCUGCCGGCCCCUGCAGGGCCAGUGCUACCCAAGCGCCGGCCCCGCUGUGUGCCUCCAUGGGCCGGUGGGGAGAUCAAAGAUACACCGGCCCUGCUCAUAGCUAUAUAAUACCCUCCCUGCUCUAUACCCCCACACUUCCUGCUCUAUACCCCCACACUCCGUGCUAUUAUACAUCCAGUCCCCACCUUGUCAGAAACAUGUGUAGUCAGCUCCUAUCUAGACAAGUGAUAGAGAUGUAUAGAGAGAUCCCAGAGUAUCUGCUUAAUUUAAUACUGAGCAUGUCAGCAAGAAAUUGCCAUAUAAGGUUUUAAAUCCUUUUCCUAGUAACUCGGACUAUUUGUAUUCUUUUACAUUUCAAAUACAGUAAUAUCUAUUUCUCAACUUUCCAAAAUUAUGCUGACACAGUAUAAUGAUAAAACAAUAGUUAUACAACCUAUAUUGAUGUAUGAGCUACUGAAGGCAGUUGUUAUUUUACAUUGCUACAUAAAAUGUACAUAUAGGGAAGCAGAGCAGAACUCUCCCUGCCCUUAUACAUACACCCUUCCUGCCAUUAUACCGUCAAUCCCCACCUUGUCAUAAUACCCCCUUUGCCAUUAUACCCCCAAUCCCCACCUUGUCAUAAUACCCUCCCUGCCCUAUACCCCCACCCUCCCUGUCCUAUAUUACCACCCUCCCUGCCAUUAUACCCCCAAUCCCCACCUUGUCAAAAUAGGGAUGGUAGGGAUGUUGGGUGGACCUCUUACUAAAUGUGUGUAUAUGAAUGUGAUUUUUGUGUGUAUGUCAGUAAUUAUAUGUGUAUGUGAUUGUGUUUGUGUAUGUCUGUGAUUAUGUGUGCCUGUGGUUAUGUUGGUGUAUGUCUGUGAUUGUGUAUGUAUUUAUAUACACACACACAACCACAAAUGUGCACACAGAGACAUACGUAUGUGUGUGUAUAUAAAUGUGUAUGUGUUUAGUAGAUAGCUCCCUAAUUUGGUGUCCUUAAAUAUGUCAACCCCACAUAAGGAUAAUGAAUAAGGGAGUUUUCUACUAAACAAUUUAAAGCUUAAAAUUAAUAAGGCUUUUUAAAUAUAGAUCUUUUAGCUGUUUAGUAGAUAAUUCCUUAAAUUGGUGCCCUUAUGUGAAAUUCCAUAUGUAAAGAUACCAAAUGAGGGUGCUGUUUAGCAGAUAGCUCCUUUAUUUGGUGUCCUUAAAUAUGGCAAUCUCACAUAAGUAUAGCAAUUAUGGGAGUUAUCUGCUAAAUGAAGGUCGAAGUUAAGGGGUGCCAGCCAGCUCAGAACAAGAAAUCUGGGUGGCUAAAGUGAAUUCUAUGCAAAUGUGUUGUCUGAUGCCAGCAUGCACAACAUGCUGUCAUCAGACAGCCAAUGGCAGCACAUUACCGCAUCCCCUAGUGAAUAUUAUUAAUGCCUCCCUCCACCCCCCCAGUUGACUGUGGUAUCUUAUGUGCCUCCUCUAUAUAUUGUUCCUAGAGUCGCCAGUGCUUCAGGGGCCUGGACAUGCACUGCAGUGGUUUAACAGUAUGACCGUGCUUCUGUAAUAAUGUAUUGGCAGCGUACAGUAUAUAGCAGUGCUAUAUACAUUCAAAAAAAAUUCAAGUGUUUUUUACAUUUUAAAGUGAGGAGGGGGUGCCAAAAAGAAGACCCGCCCCUGUGUGUCUGAGAGUUGCAGUGUGUGUGUGUGUGUGUGUGUGUGAGGGGUCCAGUGUGUGUGUGUAUGUGAAGGAUAGAGUGUGUGUGUGUGUGUGUGUGUGUGUAUGUGUGAGGGGUCAUGGGUGCUGUGUGGGGGUGCAGUGUUUGGAUGUGGGUACUGUGGGUGUUGCGUGCAGUGUGUGAAUUGAAAAUAUAUGUUUAUUUGCUUUUUUUAUUAUUAUAUUAUUAUUAUUUUUAUUAUUUAAAAUGGUGAGUGAACUCUAGCCUGCAGCUCCUGAGGCUAGAAUUCAUUGUUGCGAGAUCAGUGUUGCCAUGGUAACUGCUGUAACGCUCCGAGCUUGGGAGAGUUCUCACCUCCAAGACUUCUCCAGGGCUGCACCUUUUCUGUGAAACUCCCUUCCCUUCUCUGUUAGACUUUCACCCAGUCUCCACUCCUUCAAAAAAUAUUUGAAAACACACUUCUUCAGGAAAGCAUACUGUUAGCGGGUUUUCAUCCCCCAACCCCCCUCCCAUGAAGCCUCUCCUGCAACUGUCAAAAAUAACCUACUAAAUUCUUUGUGAUUACUUUUCUAGCAACCAAUUUCGUUACCCCUACUUAUACCCUUUGUGUCACUAUACCCCACUCCCUCUAGCAUGUAAGCUCAUUGAACAGGGCCCUCAACCCCUCUGUUCUUGUGCGUCCAUUAGUUUGGUUACAAUUACGUGUCUGCCAGUCCACCCAUUGUACAGCAAUACGGAAUUUGUUGGCGCUUUAUAAAUAAUAAAACAAUAAUAAUAAUCUCUGAUGGGAUAGUGCCCAGCAUGGGAGAGCAUCAGCACUACCUUGGAGAGCAAUUUCCCUGUUGCCCCCUCACCCCGCCCCUGGUUCAGCCACUGGUUGUAACCUCACAUGGUUUGAGCGAGUGUAAGUUGUAAGUUGUCCACUAAGGGACUUUUAAAUACAUUUACAUUUUUUACUUUUAAUUAAAUCUAACCAUUAAAAGUUUUAAAAUAAUAAAUGCAAUUUUUAUUUAUACACGCAUAGAGAGUUUACAUUGCUGUAAAAUAUGUUUUUACAAAAUGCAAAAUUGUAGUAUAUGACUAACUCAAUUCAAUGGUAAAUGUUCUUUUAAAUAAGACAGUGGGGUGAUUCCAGAUUCCCCACAAUUUAGAAAUUUGUCUUUACCUCCUCUCUUUUGUAUAUAGGUCUACAAUACCCUCGGCAGAGAUAUCCUACCAUGUCAUUCAGUUCUGCUUCCUUCAGUACAAUGAACAAUGGUCCAUGUUGGUGGGUCAAUAAUGUCUCUGCUUUUUGACAGCUUCUAUACCAUAAUCUAAGCUGAUCACAUUUUUUCCUAGAAUGAGUAUUUAAAAAAAGAGAUUUUCCCAGUUUUAAUUAGCUUCACAUUUCUUGGCACAGUUCCAUUGGUUUUAUUAAAGUGUUUUGUGUCUGCGGAAAUCCUAUGCUAUGGUAAUUCUAUACUUACAUUAUAAUUCAGGGCACACACGUUACUAAGAGUAGACAAUAGGUAUUAGAAUAUAUUUAGCUUCAGUGGUAAUACUUAAAUCUAUAAUAUUUAAUACCUAAAUCUCCUUUCAAUGUCAUAAUGUACCCUCCCUGACCUCUAUUCAUAGUACUGAGAAAUGUGAUGUCUCUGGUCAGGUUCAUGAAUAGUAUAACAUCAAGUUUGUCCUGCUUCUAAAUGGCUUAUAUUCUCUUUAACCCCUUAGUGACCAGACCGUUUUUCAAUUUUCUUACUGGUAAGGACCAGGGCCGUUUUUAAAUUUCUGGGUGUUUGUGUUUAGCUGUAAUUCUUCUCUUACUCAUUUACUGUACCAACACAUAUUAUAUAUCGUUUUUCUCGCCAUUAAAUGGUCUUUCUAAAGAUACCAUUAUUUUCAUCAUAUCAUAUAAUUUACUAUAAAAAAAUUAUAAAAUAUGAUGACUUUUUUUAAAAACACACUUUUCCUAACUUUGACCCCCAAUAUCUGUUACACAUCUAUAACCACCAAAAAACAUCCAUGCUAAAUAGUUUCUAAAUUUUGUCCUGAGUUUAGAAAUACCCAAUGUUAACAUGUUCUUAGCUUUUUUUGCAAGUUAUAGGGCUAUAAGUACAAGUAGGAGAUUGCGGUUUCAAAAUAUAUAUUUUUUAAAUUUAUCAAUAGUGACAUAGUAACACUGUAACACAUCUGUCAUAAAUCUCUGAAUCACACCUCACAUGUGCAUAUUUUUUUGAAAGUAGACAACCCAGGGUAUUCAAUAUGGGGUAUGUCCAGUCUUUUUUAGCAGCCACUUAGUCACAAACACUGGCUAAAGUUAGCAUUUAUAUUUGUUUAUGUGUUAAAAAUGCAAAAAUUUUUUAUAAACCCUAACUUUGGCCAGUGUUUGUGACUAAGUGGCUACUAAUACCCCAUUUGAAAUACCUUUGGUUGUCUUCUUUUGCAAAUGGUAUGCCAUCAUGGGGGUAAUUCUGAUUAUUUAUGUAAUUAUGUAUAUGGAUGGAUAUAUAUAAAAUUUCAUUUUAAGUGUAUUUUUAGAGAUGAUAUAUAUUAGAAUGUACCUUGCACUCAGGCUUCAAACUUGCCAAACCGGGCGCAAUACCGAGGCUUAAAUAUCCAAAUGGUAAAGUAGUAUAGCUGCACUCACGGAUUCUUCCGUAUCGUGUGCACAUGUGUGGCAUAAGCUCCACCCAUUUCCGUGACGUCACUAUGUGACGCUAACAUCAUUGCCAUGGUAGCGCGGUAUAACGAAAACGGCCACCAUGGCAACGUGUAGCAAUACUAAGCUUCUACAACACCGUGUAUGUAUAACUACAAUAAGUGACAGCUCAUAUAGAAGAGUAUUAUAGCUGUCCAAGUGCUUAUAUCAGGACAAAAAGUGGAGUGCAACGGAAGAACAAAUCUAAACAGUUAUUGUUAAAUCAAAAUAACACAAAACAGAAAAGGGUGCGCAUCAAAACAAAUGAUAGAAAUAAUAGUAAUAGUCCAAAUGACUUAUCAUAAAUCCAGAAUGAUGCAAUCCACGUUUAUAGGGAGGACUCUUGCGAUACAAUAAGAUGGAAAAGCUCUUCACUUGAAAUUCGGUGGAGCAUAUGAGGAGAAAGAACACAAGAAAAACUCCAAUGGUACAGAAUGUAGGCAAAAUGGAAAACAAAAAGUGGUAAUUAGUACUACUCACAAUCUACAGAGCUAAUAUCCAGGGUGCGUGGAGUGGAAUGAUCCCCACUCAAGGAUAUGUGAAGUGGUGCAUGUGAGGUCACAUAUCCUUGAGUGGGGAUCAUUCCACUCCACACACCCUAAACCAGAGCUGGAUAUUAGCACACCCUAAACUAGAGCUGGAUACUAGCUCUGUAGAUUAAAGGGGACUCCACUUUUUUCCUUGAGGUGUGCAGCCGUGUACUGUAUACAAUAUUCAUUUUCUGUGGCAGCCUAGCGCUGACUCUUUCCUUUGAUUUCUCUUAGUUAUUGUUAAAUACCCACAUAUGUAGUGCAUGGUGCAACAGCAAAUACAAUUUAGCUGUAAAUAGUAGUGCAUUAUAAUGUCAAUGUUAUAAAGUACCCAUUUAAAAUGAGGUGAUUUUCUUAAAGUGCCAUGCUAAUGUAAAGUCCCAUUUCAUUAUAAAGUGCAUAUCAUAUUUUAAAAGUGCUUAUGUGACUUGUGCUAAAGUGACAUAAUAACUGCAUAUAUUAAAGUGCAAAGAAAAACCCUGAAAAAUACUAGCAUCCAAUUAAUAUAAACACUAAAUAUACAGGGUUCUGCUAAGGUAGAAAGCUUAAAAUAUAUAUACAUUUCUUCCUUGUAAAGGACUAAGGGAUAAUCCCUAUUUACAAGUCCUUAUUUACAGGUGCUAACAUAUAUGGUGUGCCAUACCUAAAUACUUAUUUAGUUAGCACCCCCAAAUAAAGCUACUACCAAUGCAAUAUCUCAAUAACAAAAAAAACCAAAAUAACAAACAAUGUUGAUCUUUUAACCAACAUUCAAGUAGGUGAGCAUUUGGGAAAUAGGGAUCACAAUAUGGUAAAUUUUGAAAUAAACUCAAAAAAGUAAAAGCAAGUGGGGUAUACUAAAAUAUAUAAUUUUUAAAAAGACAAUUUCAAUAAGAUUAGGGCAGGUCUACAACAUAUCGACUGGCAUAAACUCCUUAGUGAUAAAAACACUGAGGAAAAAUGGAAACUAUUCAAACAAAUAUUAGAAAGGUAUAUUCUCAGUAUGUACCAUUAGGUAAUAAAUGUAAAAGAAACAAAUUAAAACCAAUGUGGCUUUGUAGAGAAGAAAAACAAGAGAUUAAAAAUAAGAAAAGGGCAUUUAAAGCAUUUAAAUCAGAUAAAUCAGAGGCAUCCUAUUUAAGAUAUAAGGAAGCCAAUAACGCUUGCAAAAAGGCAAUUAAAGUGGCUAAACUAGAAAAUGAGAAAUUGAAAGCUAAAGAAUGCAAAACCAACCCCAAAAAUUUUUUUAAGUACAUCAAUUCUAAAAAAAAAAAAAAAUGAAAGUGUAGGUACACUGGAAACAGAGUUGGAUUUAUUAGCUAAUGAAGACCAGGAAAAAGCAGAAAUUUUAAAUAACUAUUUUUCUUCAGUAUAUAUUAAUGAGGAUCCUAUGGCAAGAGAGAUGCAAAUGAUUGCUGCAAAAAAAUUGCAAACAACUUGUGAUUGGAUAACUCGAGACAAGGUGCUAUAGCUAUUAAAGAAAAUUAAUGUAAAUAAAGCUCCGGGGCCUGACGGUAUUCACCCACGAGUACUUAAGCAGCUAAGUGGGGAAAUAAGUGAACCUCUGUAUUUAAUUUUUCAAGAUUCUUUUGUUUCAGGUAUU